AUGACAAGUUUAAAAACAAUUAUACUACAUAAUUAUCUUAUUGAAAAAUAUAAAAUUAAUGAAAAUGAAUUUAUGACAUGUAUUCCAAUCGGAAUCGAAAAUAUUGGAAUUAUAAAAAGUAAAAAAAAAUAUCGUCGAGCUUGUACACCGAUAUUUAAUUGUGAUUUUAGUAGAUUUACUAAACUAUGUAAAUUGAGACUUGAUAACUGGAUUCUCUCGAACAAUACAAUGAAUAGUUUGGAAAAAUUUAAUGAAACAUUAACUGAUUUGAGCUUGAUUGAUUGUAUUAUACUAAAAAGUGGACAAGCAACUAUUCCAAAAUUAACUAAUUUAGAGAAUCUUGAUUUAUUAAGAGUAAAUAUAGAUGACAAUGUUAUGAUUAACAUUACACAUAAUUGCACAAAAUUAUAUCAUUUAAAUAUUAGUAAUUGUCGAAAAUUGACACGUACUUCUUUAACAACACUUAAAAUAUUAAGAAAUUUGAAGGAAUUAUUCGUCAAUUAUUUACCUAAUAUUGAUGAUGCUGUUAUAAAAACAAUUAGUAACUUACGUAUUUUUAAAUGUAAAGGAUGUAAAUUAAUAACUGAUUAUGGAGUUGAAAAAAUUGUUAAAAAAUCACCGAAUCUUGAAGAAUUAUGUAUAACUGAUACUGGAAUAUCCAGUAAAACUAUUUCUUAUCCUUUUAAAAUACGUAAAGUUAAUAUUAAAGUCAUCCCCGAGGAUCAACAAAAAUGAUUUUAUUUUUAAA